AUGAAGCUCUUCUUACUGUUGGUUCUACUAGGCACAGUUUCCGCUCUUCAUCUGAGGGACAAUGCCCCCCUUCCAGAUUAUCUGGACGACCAGGCCGACCUGAGCCAGAACCUGGACAGCUCCAGGGAGAAGAAGGGAGAGUUGGCACUGCAUGGGGAGGAGAUUCCAUCAGGGGAAGAGGAGGCAGAGGCUUCUGACUGUCAAGACACUUUCGAGGAUAAGGACAACCUGGAUUCAGAUGCUGCUGCGCCAGGGAACUUUGAGUGCCACAAGGAAGAGGACACAGUUCCAGUGCAGAUUAAUCCUGAGAGGCAGAACCGUCGCUAUAUAUUAGUGAAGUUGCCCAGGACAUUUUCUGAAUCUCAGGAAACGUGCAAGAGGUGCUACGGGGGCAACCUUGUUUCCAUCCACGAUAUCAAUACCAAUAAUCGACUCAGGAGUUUGGCCAGCAAGAUUAACCGAGGCCAGGUCUGGAUCGGAGUCAGCAUCUCUCAGUGGUACCAGUGCAAUAGAUAUACAUGGGCAGAUGGGAGCCGUUGGGAUUAUUCUCACUGGGCCGCAGGACAGCCAGGGAGUGGAACAGGAAACUGUGUGACCCUGUGUACCCCAGAUUAUCUGGACAACCAGGCUGACCUGAGCCAGAAUCUGGACAGCUCCGGGGAGAAGAAGGGAGAGUUGGCACUGCAUGGGGAGGAGAUUCCAUCAGGGGAAGAGGAGGCCAAGGCUUCUGACUUUCAAGACACUUUCGAGGAUAAGGACGACCUGGAUUCAGACCUUGCUGCCUCGUGGAACGUUGAGUGCCCCAAGAAAGAGGACAUAGUUCAAGAGGAUGUCAAUCCUCACAAGGAGCCCCGUCAAUAUAUAUUAGUGAGGUCUCCCAAGACAUUUUCUGCAUCUCAGGUAGAUAAAGAGAUCGACAGUUGGGCUUGA